AUGAACGUUCAAUGGCCUGCAGCGUUCGAACGUGGAGACGCACGGACUUUCCUGGAGGAGUUCGAGGACAUCGCGGAGCUUACGGGGAUACGGACGGACAAGGGUAGUUUGACAGGGGAGUUGCGGCGUUUCAAGACGGCGCAGCUCGGACUUGGCGUAGACGCCCUGUCGCAUGCUGUGUCCCUGCACACCAUGUUGGAUCGAGUGCUGCCAACUUUUAACAAAGCCGCUCACUCGGAAUUAUUGCUGGAUCAUUUCACGGAGAGUCUGCUGGACAAUAUACGGGAGAAGGCGCGAAUGGUCGACGUGGGGCGUGCCAUGGGUGUAUUCACGCUGGCUGCAGUUGUGGUGUAG